GUAAAAAGUCAAAAGAAUCGAUAGUUACGGUCCUAUUAUGUGUAACUUUCAUGACAGCUUUUUAUGAAAAAAUCAAAUUUUUAAAAGUGUAAGUUUAAGCGGGCAACACUGAUCUAUGUAUCUUGACACUUUUGACAGUCGCAUUGUCACACAUGUGUUCAUAUCGUUCAUCUUCAACGUAUAUUUGUAAACACACAGUCGGAAUAAGUGAUUUUUAAGGUUUUUAAGCAACAACAUUUCGAACGGUGAAAGAAAACCAUUUUUUCUGUUAAAUGUCCAUUCAAUUAGCCAAACUUUGUUCGAUUAUAUUCGAACGGCAUUUCGGUAAAAAUGUUCAAAUUGUCGGCGACUGUUUAUUUGCUGCAAUUCAAUCGCGUUCCCUAUCAAUGAUCGUCAAGAACACCGGUCUGCCUAGAAGUGAUGUAGCACAUGCACUGGCUAUUCUAAUCAAAUUCCGAUUGGUUAAAUUCGAUGCGUCGGCAAACGAGAGUUUUGCUGAAUAUUCGCUGAAUCGGGAUUCCAUUCUACUGAUACUACGAUUUCCUCGGUACGUACACUUGAUACAAACCAAAUUUGGGAUGGUCGCUGCGGCUCUUGUUGAAGAAUUGUUGCGUUCGGGCAGUCAAACUGCAUCCAAACUCAUAGCCCACUGCUUCGAUAGUAAAACAAAAACCAGCCUCACAGAGCAUCGCGAUGCAUUCAAUGAGUUAUGUCAGUCGAUGUAUGUGUUCCGGGCACCGGUUGUGGCAAACAAAGAACAGGAAAAUGUGGGAGUACCAAGGCUACAGAUCGACGAACACAAUUUGUUUGCGACCGUGGAUUUGGAUUUGAAUGAAAUAACAAAACUGAAGGAAGACAGUACCGUGGUGACCAAGGAUAAAGAUGUCUAUUGGAUGGUAAACACAGACAGAUUUCAUCAAGAGUUUCGCGACGAACUAAUUCUGUCAGCUGUCGAGCGUAAAAUUAAUCCCAGUGCGAGCGAAGUGAUGAAGCACAUCUUACAUCAAAUGUAUUUGAGAACGAAACCCUGGGAGCCGAGCUCGAAUCCGAUUCCGUUCGUGGAAAUCCGACAAUUGGUGGAAAAAGAAUCGUCGAAUUUGGAAUUGAUCAAAUACUUGGACCAGUACGUGUCCAUCAUCAUGGACGAUCAGUUAAAGUUUCUAGCCAAAUAUGGAGACAUGGGUGGCGGACAGUAUGUCGUUCAAAUGAAAUAUGCUGUGGAGCAAUUGACGUGGGUGUGCAUAGAGAAUAUAAUUACAGAGAAAUUUGGAUCGAAAGCUUCGAGAAUAUUCAGAGUUGUCAGACUGCGAAAAUUCAGCGAACAAGAAGACAUCCAAAAGGAAGCGAUGGUCCCAUCGAAGGAAGCUAAACUGUUCACAUACAAACUCUUAGAGGAACAUUUUCUGCAGACGAAAACAGUUCGAAAACCGGGCGGCGGUGGUACUGGUAUGGCAAAAUCAUUUUUCCUUUUCUACGUCAGUCAAACGCAAAUCGUGUCGAUGCUGCUGGAAAUUUGCUACAAGGCCCUAUUCAAUUCGAUGACUCGGUCUGCGUACAAUAAAUCCGAAAAUCGACGACUAAUCGAUAAGUCGCAACGACUCGAUGGGAUUGUUGAAGCGAUGAAGGAUAGAGGCGAAUCGGAGGAAUAUAUCGCUGAGAUACACGAAACGUUGACACCGCCGGAGCGAGAAGUUUUACAGAAAGUGAAAACCCGAAUCAAGAACUUAGACAGUGCCGAAAUCGGGUUAGAUGAAACUAUUUUCCUGUUUCAAUUGUAUGAAAAUUACAAAAAUUAAAAUGCCAAUUGAAUUAGCAAAA